GCAACCAACCGAGAAGCAAAGCUUACCAAACAAGCAGAAGCAGAACCCCCGCACAAAAAACACACAACACAAGCGGAGCGCGUGUGCUGCGUGCGAGAACUCGGAAGCGCGAAACCCCUCCCCGCCCCCGCCCAAGGAUCCCUCCCGCCGUCCCGCGGCGCGCGAAGGGAGCAAACCCCCCCGACCGUCCGCCCUCGCGAGCCGCGGCGGGGACAGCGGGAAGCAUCAUCACUCCGGAGCAGCCAGCCCUCGCUCGACCGGAGCGGGGGUUCUGUAGGAAUCUCCGAAUCUGCGGAGUUCGUGGCCGGAUUUCGCGGGGCCUUCUCGUUUCGGGCGAGAAGAUGGUGGGGUUCUCGGGGAAGAGGAAGGAGCUGGAGCAGGUGGUGGAUGGCCUCUCCGACUUCUCCCUCUCCGGCCCCGCUGCCAAGAGCCGCAGAUUGGACCCCGGGCUCCCACCAAUUAUGGAAGAAGAACCACCUGCUCCUUCCAUGUCAUUCCAGAUGUUGGGAGAGAAAACCAAUAGUGGUGUUGACAUACCCAGUGUGGAAGUCAUGAUGGAAGGUCUAACAACACAUCAUGUGCCUAGUGAGGACAUGGCACUUGUUUUAUACAAACCAGUAGAUAAUCCCAUACCAUUUGGUCCUGGUAUCUCAAGCUCUUCAUUUAUAGUGAGUUCAGACUUGAUACGUGGUCUAAAGAACCAUGCUUUCAAUCAAGUGAACUAUCAUGAGGUGGAGGGUGAAUCUCCUGAGCGAAGGAACAGCUUGGCUUUAGUUCCUUGGACACCACCACAAGUGUCUAUAAGAUCUGACUGGGUCACUGCUGAACCAGAGAGCGCACAAAUUUUUGAAGUACCUAUGGAGGCUGAUGAGACUGAAGUAACUUCUAUGGAUGUAGAGGAAGCAUCGGAAGCAGUUUCCGGUGGAUUAAAUGGCGAGAACCUUGGCCAGUGGCAACAUUGUAUGACCCCAUCGUCGUUACCAAAUCCAUCAGCCCAUGUUAUGUGGUCAAGGUGACAACCGGGAGGCCCUGUGUACUGAGUACUGAGUCACACCAAGGAUGAAGAAAUCCUCUAAUAGGCCUCCCCUAGUUGUGUAGGAGUAGCUGGCUGCUCUAGUUUUUUUUUUUUUUUUUUUUUUUUUUUUUUUUUUUUUUUUUUUUUUUUUUAACAGCUGGCUGCUCUAGUUGAAAACAAAAAAACUGAUUAUGCUUAGCAUGAUGCCUCCUGGUGUAGUGCUGAUCUUCCCCAGUAAUAUUAGUGUCAGUAGACUCCAUGUUACAAGAGACCUGGUUAGAUUGACAUCCGAUUAGUUGAUACAACUUGGUGGAUCUGUAACAUCUUAAUGCCUUAGUUUCGAAGUCCUUUGCAUUAUUAUUAUUGUAUUACCAUGGCUAGUUUAUUGAUACCAUAACCGUUUAAUUGCCA